UGUCGAGUAGCAAUCGGGACGGGAGCUACGGGGCAUCAUUUUUUACAUUUUAAGGGGGUUUGUCCGUUUGUUCGUUAGCAGAAGCGGCUUUUUUUGUUCCAGUAUUUUAGUUUAGCUAAUCGUAAAUAUCGCAAAAUGAUAACUGCAAUUUCAAGAAGUGUAGUCCCUUGUCUGAACACAGCACGUCCUGUUAUCCCUGCGAAUGUUAAUAUAGCAACUACGUAUGUGGCCAACCAUCAUGUGCGUCCUCUUUCUCAAGAAAUCAUCGAAGAAGAUCACGGAGAAGUGAAAUCGCUUCCUCCUCCUGAUAAACUUACAGCGCAGUCGAUGUUCGCUGUGUUGCCUAAAAGAUGCCACCAAGCAGCGACUGUCUCCUUGAACGCGCCGAUGCAAGUUCGAUAUGCCCAUACCGAUAUUCGGAUUCCCGAUAUGACGUACUACCGAAGACCGUCUGUGAAGGAUCCUGCUGUGCGAUCGAGCGCUUCGGAGGGCGAUCGAAAAGCGUUCAGCUAUAUGAUGACUGCUGCUAUUGGAGUUGGAGCGACAUAUGUGGCGAAAAGUCUUGUACACAAAUUUGUCGGCAGUAUGAGCCCUUCCGCGGAUGUUCUGGCUUUGGCUAAAGUGGAAGUUAAUUUAGCGGAUAUUCCAGAAGGCAAACAUCAGACCAUUCAGUGGCGCGGCAAGCCUCUCUUUAUAUGGCACCGAACGCCUGAUAUCAUUGAACAGGCUCAGAAUGUUGAUGUGGGCAGUCUUCGUGAUCCACAGCCAGAUUCCGCACGUGUGAAAGAUCCAGCUUGGUUGAUUGUCAUUGGAGUGUGCACACAUUUAGGUUGUGUGCCCAUCGCCAACGCUGGAGAGUUUGGAGGGUACUAUUGCCCUUGUCAUGGUUCCCACUACGACUCCAGCGCGCGUAUUCGUAAAGGGCCGGCCCCGCUUAAUCUGGAAGUUCCGCCUUACGAGUUCACUAAUUCUGGAACCGUAGUAGUUGGAUAACAAAUGCAAGGAUUUAACACUGGAUUAAUAUAUCCGAAUUUAUGUGUUCGACUUGAAGACGGACUUGUAGAUGCUUUCUUUUCGCCUAUAUAAUUUAUGAAGCUGGGAAACAUGCUGUAAAGAGAUAUGCUGGUGUGUUAUGCGCAUUCUGCGAAUUGUCAUCGCUAAAUUGACUUAAAACUCCCAGUCAGUGAAUAAAAAUCUUUUAAUAUGAAA